AUGAAAACCCAUAUGAGGAAGAUCAUCACUCUCGAGGUUGAACCCUUGGAUACAAUAGAAAAUGUAAAGGCCAAGAUUCAGGAUAAGAAAGGAACUCCUCCUGAUCAGCACAGACUGAUCUUCUCUUGCAAGCAACUGGAAGAUGGACAUACUUUAUCUGACUGUAGCAUUCAAAAGGAGUCCACUCUUCAUCUUCUGUUGCGACUUUGUGGUGGUGCUAAGAAAAGGAAGAAGAGAGAAGCCUGGAAGUCUUAUACCACUCCCAAGAAGAAUAACCAUAAGAGAAAGAAGGUUCAGCUGUCUGUCUUGAAAUACCAUAAGGUGGAUGAGAAUGGCCAAAUCAAUCACCUUCAUCUGGAGUGCCUUUCAGAUGAAUGUGGUGCUGGAGUUUUUAUUACUAGCCACUUUGGCAUUAUUUUGGUAAGUGUUUUCUGA